GCAUCCUCCCUACACACAAGAGCAGAAAACUCCAUCGAUUCUCAUCCUGCAGUGUUGCCAAGCGAUGUAGAGAUACUUCUGCUCUGAACACCUACUUUGAACAAAAAUACUUUAUUUCUACACUUUUUAAACUGCGUUAAAAAAACUUAACAAAGAUGAUUUCUGCAUGUCUGGAGAUGAUUGGACUUGGCUUGAGCGUCACCGGGACCCUUUUGGUGAUGGUGGCUUGUGGGCUGCCCAUGUGGAAAGUGUCCGCCUUCAUCGAGAGCAACAUUGUGGUGGCGCAAAACAUCUGGGACGGGCUGUGGAUGUCCUGUGUGGUCCAGAGCACGGGUCAGAUGCAGUGUAAAAUGCAUGACUCCGUCCUGGCGUUGACCACUGACCUCCAGACCGCUCGGGCUCUGACGGUCAUUUCAGCAGUUUUGGGUGUCCAGGCUCUGAUGAUAACCAUCGCCGGCGCUCAGUGCACCAACUGCAUCAGUACAGAGUCCAUCAAAGCCAAAGUAGUCAACGUUGGAGGGGUUAUAUACAUCAUCGCCGGCUUGUUUGUGCUGGUGCCUCUGUGCUGGAUUGCCAAUAACAUCAUCUCGGACUUCUAUGACCCUCAAGUGCCUUAUGCAAAGAAAAGAGAAAUUGGAGCUGCGCUCUACAUCGGAUGGGCAGCGUCUGCCAUGCUUCUGCUCGGAGGAGUGAUCCUGUGUUGCUCUCGUCCACAUGAUGAGAAAUCCUCGUAUCCUCUUAAAUAUUUAUCUCCACCUACAAAAAGCACAUCAAUCAAUGGGGACUACGAUAAACGAAACUAUGUGUGAAGCUCAACGUUCAACCAUGGAACUGUGCAUAUGGACUUUCAAGGCUGUAAACUUUAAUAUUUGGCUAGUUCAUCAAUAAUUGUAUUUUUCAUUCAAAAACAAUAUAUAAGGUUCAAAUAUAUAUAUAUAUAUAUAUAUAUAUAUAUAUAUAUAUAUAUAUAUAUAUAUGUAUUUUAAGGUGCUAUGUUUCUUAUAAAUGAGUGUGAGAAAAGAUUUUUUUUAAGUUCAAAUAUUGCAAAACUGUAUGUUUAAAAUAGUUUUCGAUUAAAUAAUGUAAGACACAUCACAGUCAACUGCCUAGUUGCAUGCAACAGGUCUUCUACCAAACUCAGCAAACAUUCAGAAAAUCAAUUGACAGAAUGUUAAACUUUGUGUAUGUAUAAACUAUGUUUGAUUAUAUUUUUCUGUCUUUAGCUCUUAUAACAGUUUGUUAAUAAUGAAUUAGAUGUAAACGGGUAUUUUUGUCUUAUUGAUAUUAGGGUCAGCGGCCCACUUGUUUGUGUUUGGUUUAAAUCACUGUGGCGUAAGGGGGGUGAAGGGAGGGUCUAUAUUACUUGUUUUUGCUCCGCUUUAUGAGCGUGCACUAAUUAGACACGGUCUGUGCUUCAAUAAGACACUGAAUAAUGCCUAUUGUUCCGCCUAUAGACCCAGGCUGCAGCUUUACAUGAGACUGUUCUGAUCAUCUAAACCUCCUGAUUGUACAUAGUUGUAUGAAACCAUUUUUCAAUAAAUCUGUGCAUUUUCACUGUAAUAAAUAAAAGGUCUUUUGGUUAUAA